AUGGCUAAAACCACUUCAACACUGACACCGCAACCUUUCAAGAACGAGCCAGCAACACAUGCUACAGCGCCCUCUAGUGCGACUGAUGGCUUCUUCCAAACACCUCCGAGGCUAGAGAACCCAUUCCUCGAGGAUGAGGCAUACAAGCGGCUCUUCUCUUUCUAUCUCCCCAAGCCCCUCCAGACUUCCCUAAGUACGCCUAUAGCCCGAUUUGGUGCACUCACUCUUGCACCAUCUACCCUCUCCCACGUGCACAAUGCCGAGUCCAACCCCCCGCGUUUGGUGUCCCAUACCCCGUUUGGCGAGCCAUCCAACACCCUCAUCACGAGCCCCGGAUGGCAAGCUCUGCAGUCCCUCGGCCUAUCCGAGGGCAUAGUCGCCAUAGCCUACGAGCAUGAGCAGGGUGCAUACUCCCGCCCGCAUCAAUACUUAAAGUACAUCCUCUGGCAGCCCAGCUCCGCCGGGGUGACAUGCCCAAGCGCUAUGCAAGACGGGGCAGCGCGAUUGCUCUCUCUACACCUUGCCAGCAAAGAUGUUGAGAGGAGCGAGACUGAGCGACGAGUCUUCGAGCGCGCGUACAAGCAUUUGACAGCCAGAGACGCGGAGGCAUGGACGAGCGGGCAGUGGAUGACUGAACGUCAAGGCGGGAGCGACGUACGGAAUACGGAGACUUUAGCUACCUACGCGCCUACUUUCUCCCCUGAAGAAAGCACCGUAGACACCGACGGUCUGCCUCUAGGCCCCUGGAGCAUCAGCGGCUUCAAAUGGUUCUCCUCCGCCACAGAAUCCAACAUGACCAUUCUGCUCGCCAAAACGCCCUCCGGAGCUCUCUCCGCCUUCUACGCCCCUACGCGCCGUCAAGCAAAAGCCGCCUCAACCAGAGAACACGCCCCGAAAACCGAACUCAACGGCAUCACCAUCCACGCCCUGAAAUCCAAACUCGGCACCCGCCCCCUCCCCACCGCGGAACUCGAGCUCAACAACACCCGCGCCUACCUCCUCGGCGCGCCCGGCACCGGCAUCAAAACCAUCGCCACCAUCCUCAACAUCACGCGCGUGCACAACUCCAUCAGCGCCCUCGGCCUCUGGGCGCGCGGCCUCGCCAUCUCGCGCGGCUACGCCCGCGUGCGGCGCGUCGCCGGCACCCUCCUCGCCGCGACCCCGUCCCACGUCGCGGAGCUCGCGCACCAGCACACCGAGUUCCGCGGCCUGGCGCACCUCGGCUUCUUCUGCGUCGCGCUGCUGGGGAUCGCCGAGGCCGCGGCGCCGGGCUACUGUCCCUCCCCUCCUCCUCCCGCGGACCCAGCGACCUCCGCAGCGGCGGCGGCGGAGCGGCUGGGCGUGGCGGUGGAGCAGGCACCGCUCCUGCUGCGCCUGCUCACGCCGGUCGCGAAGGCGCUGACGGCGCGCGCGGCGAUUGCGGGGCUAGCCGAGGGCAUGGAGAGUCUCGGGGGUGUGGGGUAUUUGGAGAAUGAGGACGUGGGGGUGAAUGUGGCGCGGCUGUUUCGGGAUGCGAAUGUGUUGAGUAUCUGGGAGGGGACGACGAAUGUCAUGGCGGAGGAUUGCGUGAGGGUGCUGAAGGGGAGAGGGGGGGCGGGGGCGGUGGAGGCUGUGAGUGAGUGGGUGGGCGGGAGAGUGGAGUUGUGGGAGGGGAGGGGAGGGGAAAGCGUGGUACGGGUGUGGGAGGGGUUUAAGAAGAUAGUGGAGGAGACGAGCGUGGAGGAGCUAAAGGUGAGCGGGAGGGAGGUUCUGGCGACGUUGGCGUGGGUUGUGGUUGCUGUUUUGCUCGGGGAGGAUGCCAGGAGGGAUGGGGAUGCGGUUACGGGGGAGGUAGCGAGGAGGUGGAUGGCUAGGAGGAUUGGAGUAGAGAAGAAAGAUUGGAGGGAGGCCGUAGAGUGGGAUCGGAAGAUCGUGUUUGGCGAGGAGAAGGUGGGAGAUAGGGCGAGAUUGUAACGCAGUCAAAGCCCCCUUGAAGUCCUACAUAUACCGUCUACAAUGCUAGAAGGAUCAAUAGCGCAUGCCUAAUCCAUAUGAGCAAUCGAGUCUUGAUGAACG